AAUUUUGUGCCUGUCAUUCUCACCGACUGCCAUUUCAUUUGUUUAAAACGCUCCAAAUUAGUUAAAAAAAAAUCAUGAACAAUUGCUUCGCACCACCUAUGUGGCAAAAUGGACCAGCUCCAGGCCAAUUCUAUAACUUUAUGGCUGGCAACACGGAGACGCAGCUGCCGCGAGAGCUAACAACCGCCGGUCCAUUUGGUACCAAGCACAGCACUGCAGCUAUUACUACGGGCUCCUCAGUGCUGGGCAUACGCUUUGAUGGCGGAGUUUUGGUGGCCGCUGAUACGCUAGUUUCCUAUGGUUCUCUAGCGCGCUACCAGAACAUUGAUCGCGUUUUCAAGAUCAAUGACAAAAUAUUGCUGGGUGGUGGCGGUGAUUUUGCUGACAUACAGUCAAUCAAGCGCAGCAUCGAUCAGAAGAUGAUUGAAGAUCAGUGCUGUGAUGAUGGUGUAAUCAUGAAGCCAAAGGCGCUUGCUAGCUGGAUGACACGAGUGCUCUACAAUCGUCGCUCUCGCAUGAAUCCACUGUAUAUUGAUGUAGUUGUCGGUGGUGUUGAGGAGAAUGGCACGCCCUUUUUGGGCAAUGUCGAUUUGCGUGGACGCGCAUAUGAUGAUUAUGUGGUGGCCACUGGCUUUGCCCGUCACCUGGCCUUGCCGUUGGUACGCGAACGCAAGCCCAAGGAUCGCGAGUUCACUUUUGAGGAAGCUACUAACUUGAUCCGAGAGUGUAUGAAGGUGUUGUACUAUCGUGAUACACGCAGCAUACCCCAAUAUACUGUGGGCAUCUGUACGUCCGGUGGCUGCAACGUAAAGGGACCUUUCAAAGUCGAAGAGAACUGGACUUUUGCCGAGACCGUUAGAGGUUAUUAGCUGCCGCUUUUCUUUAUAAAAUGUAAUUUAGGACUUAUAUGCAUUAAUAAAACCUGAGGUUCUUUUUUGGUAAAUGAAAUAA